CAAAGAGAUAGAUGACAUUUGAUUUGCGUGGGUGCGAGACACCCAACUAAUAUCCUGAACGCUGGUGAACUUAUCAGAGUUUCUUGUGGUCCUCUCGUUGUUCAGAUGCCAGUUUUUCGUAUUCGAGCUGUCUUGGGACACGUGCCUGCAGCAUUUGCAGGGGUAUAUUCGCCUCCCUUACCUUUGCGCGUGCGCUGCGUUUCGUCUGCACGGCGAAUAAUAUAUGCAAGCAGGCGGGUGGGGGAGCAGGCCGUAGCUCGAAGUUGCUUCCACGAGUUCAUGCCUCGACCAUUUUGAACCAGCAACUGUCUAAAGAGGACUUUGCUAGACGUCACGCUCACAGGGACGAAAUGUGCUUGCGCGUGUUCUCCUGUCACUCAGACAAACUUCUGUGGCAUAUGGAACUCAUGGCAUUGGUCAUGGCCACCAACCUUGCCGCCCCGUGCAGAUCUCUUGCGAUGCAGGCGAAGGCUCGUCCAGCACCGAAAGCCCAAGAUCCGUCGGAGGCAUUCAAUCUGAACGUCGGCGACUGGGCAAGCUUGAAGGUUUCCCACGGGGAAUUCAAAGGCAGUCACAGUGUGUACGUGGUCAGCAUCGAGGAGGCUGGCUGCAAAAUCCGGCACGAGAAGGAUGGCUUCGAGGAGGUGAUCAAGUGGAAGCAUGCUCGAAAUCUGAAAGGGGCAUAGCUUUCUCAUAUGCUCCCAGGCUUGAGGAGCACGCCACGCUUGUACGAUACGGUUUUGAUGGGGAUCAGCCUUGGCGGCCGUUCCUUAAGAUAGGUUGCAAACCCUCUCUCUCUCUAUACGUG